AUGCUUCGGUUUACGAUUUUUCUCGUAUGUGUUUUAGCACCAUUCACUAUUUCGAAAGCGAUAAGCAAUCCGAAAUGUCCUCCAUUAUGUCGUAUGUAUUGCAAAUAUGGCAAUGUAUUAGAUGAAAAUGGUUGUCCAAUAUGUAAAUGUAAGCCAAGUCCUUGUGGAAAUGAACAAGCUCCAUUGCCAAAUUACUUUUGUGGUAGUGGUCUUAAUCAUCAAGAUUGUCCAUUGAACUCUACAUGUGUUAUCGCACCAGAUGAUAGUUAUGCUGUUUGUUGUUCUUCUAAUGAACAAUCUCCAACAAAACCCGUGAUAAUAAUUGAAAAACCAGGUUCAUGUCCACCAUCAUCUAAUACGGCAGACAAUUGUUAUGAUGAAUGCAUAAGUGAUACUGAUUGUGAAGGAGAUUUCAAAUGUUGUGGUAGUUGUCCUCGUGUAUGUGUUGCACCAUCCAUUUGA